AAUUAAAAAAAAUUAGUUAGUGUAGAGAGAGAAAAAGGUAGUAAGAAGAAAUUGUUUGAUGGGUAAAGUAACAAAAACAACAAGAGAAACAGUAGCCAUAGCCAUGGAGAUGAAGGGAAAGAAGAAGAAAGGAAGACCAUCUUUGGCAGAUCUCAGAAAAAGGGAAAUCAUUAGUAAUAACGAGCCUUCUGUUGGUCGUCAUUCUUCUCGGCGGAGCUCUAAUUUUGAGUCAGAAAAAGAAGACGAAGAUGAGGAUGAGAGGAAACAAAAGAAAGUCAAGCUCUUUGUUCGUUUACCGAAUCAGAAUCAGAACCAACAUUUGGAGAAUUCAUCUUCUGCUGCCGAAUCAGAAUCUGAAUUAGGCGAUAAUCACCAGGCGUCGGUUCAAACAAUGAAAAUCAGCUCCGGCGACGGUGUUUCUGAGCAGGAAGAAAGACCUUUGACAGUGACAGACGCUCAGCAUGAAUCCCCAUUGGUGUCUGGACCCACAACACCUUUGCCAGACAAAAAAAUAUUGGUGUUCAUUCUUGACAGACUUCAAAAGAAGGACACUUAUGGUGUAUUCUCUGAUCCCGUUGAUUCGAAUGAGCUACCUGAUUAUCAUGAGAUUAUAAAGCAUCCGAUGGAUUUUGGAACCUUAAGAAAGAAACUUGAUGGAGGGCUCUACUCAAACCUGGAAGAGUUGGAGGCUGAUGUUUUCUUGAUAUGUUCAAAUGCAAUGCAGUAUAAUGCCGCAGACACAGUUUACUAUCGACAGGCACGAUCCAUUCAAGAUCUGGUGAGAAGAGAUUUUGAAAACUUGAGGCAUGAAGGAGAGGAUGGUGCGCCACAACCUAAGGUAGUUCGUAGAGGCCGUCCUCCAAGCAAAAACCUCAAAAAGUCUGUUGAAAAUUCACCAAUAGACCGUGUUGUCCCUGAGCAUUCUUCAGGUGCUACUCUUGCUAGUGGAGAUGACAAAGCUAUUGGAUCUAAUUCAUAUAAUCUAAGAAGGGGACCUAUGCUUUCUACUACUGAUGCAUCUUUUGCCAAUCACUCGCGUAAUGGUGAAAACUACUUUGAUUGGUCAACUGAUUGGAAUAAUGAGUUUCCAGCUAAUAUCUUAAAGGCUGACAUGAAGUAUGGAAAGAAACAUUUUUCUAUUAAUGAGAACAGGCGUGACACAUACCAACAGUUCCAUCCUUCAGCUUCUUAUAAGGAGUCAUCUGUCCUGUGGAAUACUGAUCGUGAUAUGAAGCAGUUAAUGACUGUAGGUGUCCACGUGGAGCAGCAUGCUUAUGCAAGAAGCCUUGCCAGAUUUGCUGCAAAUCUUGGGCCUGUUGUUUGGAAAGUGGCUUCUAAAAAGUUAGAAAAUAUUUUGCCUCCCGGAGUAAAGUUUGGUCCUGGAUGGGUGGGAGAAGAUGGAGGGCCAAUAGAGCCGUCCGCUUGUCCAACAGAGAUCCAAAAGUUACUAGAUAAUUCGAUAGCUGAUCCCCAUUCUAGUAGACCUGUAACACCAACACCUCUUGGAUCAAGUUCUGCUGUAAUGUGCAAGCCUUCUGCUGAAAUCUUUCAAGCUUUCAAGAGAUUGAAUAGUCAAAACGAGCUUACCAGACAGGAUUCUGGAGAUGGGGGUUUUUCAUGGGUGAAUCCGGCAUCUACCCCAGCUCCACAGAAAGCUUUCCUUCAACCAAGAAACGAUUUCAAUGGCAUGUUUAGGCAUGAGUCGUCACUCCAGGUGGAGAUGUCAAGGUUUUCUGCAUCUAAAGGACAGUCAGGCCUACAAGAGGCAUCUAGGCCUAAUCAGGAGAUGCUUCGUGGAAGAGAGAAUCCAUUUCAUCCUGCACUUUCAAACAAUGUUGCUUCAGCAGAAAAUAAGCUAUUAGAAAGCUGGACAACAUUGUAUUCUGGGAAUUCAUUAUCACAAGGUAAGAAUCCUGAUUUUUGUACAGAACAGAAUGUGAGGCUUCUCGGUGAAUCAGGGCAUGCAUCUUCGAUUCAGCAGAGGAGUAGAGUGUCGGUUCCACCUGACCUGAAUGUACAAGUCCAGACAUCGGGCUCUCCUAGUGCUAGUUUAUAGAUUGGAUCCUCGCGGCAGUCAGAUUUAGCAGUACAACUCUAAUUUUUUCUAAGCACUGUUGUUCUCGAACGAGAUAGAACACAGGUUUCUAUGAUUGACAGUUACCUGAAAUUCAGGGCUUCAUUGUAUUAGGAACUUAAGGAGAAAAGUUUGUACAAAUUAUGUUUUCAAAUUCUUAGAGUAAAGAUGGGGAUUUUCUUAUGUAAGAUUUGAAAUUUUGAACCCUUGAUCCAAAAUAGAACAAGUGAUCAUUGACUUGUU